CAGGAUGGCAAAUCUUACAAUUCUACAGCGUGCUCUUACUAAAGUAAAUAUUUUGGAGUGGUUUUCGCAUAACAAUCUCUGGAAACGGUAUCCCCAAAAUGGCCGUGUGUCAGACUGCUUUGUGCAUUAUUUUAGGUAAUUAAGCCCCCUAAGUGGUUGAUAGGAAACAUUCUGAAGUGUUUGUGUGACUUAUCCCAUGAAAUGACUUCCCCAAAAUGGCCGUGUCAGGAUGGCAAAUCUUACAAUUCUACAGCGUGCUCUUACUAAAGUAAAAAUUUUGGAGUGGUUUUCGCAUGACAAUCUCUGGAAAUGGUAUCCCCAAAAUGGCCGCGUGUCAGGAAACAUUUUAAAGUGUUUGUGUGACUUAUCCCAUGAAAUGGCUUCCCCUAAAUGGCCGUGUCAGGAUGGGAAAUCUUACAAUUCUACGACACGCUCUGACUAAAUCUUACUAAAAACAUUCUUAUAGUGGAUAUUGUGUGACAAUCCCUGGAAAUGGCAUCCCCAAUAUGGCCACGUGUCAGGAAACAUUUUGAAGUGUUUGUGUGACUUAUCACAUGAAAUGGUUUCUCUAAAAUGGCCGUGUCAGCAAUGAGGCUUCCAUGUCUGCUGUAUCUUCUGUGCUUGGCUUCUUACGAGGCUUCCAGAGCGAGAGACUGGGCCCAUCAUGGCGCCCCCAUGUUUGCUGACCUGACGGUUCGUGAGAUGAAGGCCGUACGGGCUUACCUCCACGGAAUUCCACAACUGGGACUCACGGAUGCCGCCAACAAGUCCCUGAAGAAGAACAGCAUAAUACUGAUGGAGCUCCAUGUGCCUAAGAAACACGAGGCGUUGAGAGCGUUGGAUCGCGGUCAAGCCAAGCCUCCGCGUCAAGCCCGUGUUAUUGUUCAGUUCGGGAAUCAAACCAAACCCAAUAUUACAGAGUUUAUUGUCAGUCCUUUACCGUCUCCAAAGUCUCAUGAGGUGAAAAGGUUCAAGGGAGGUCGGCAUAUUCGGUUUGAGUCCAGGCCGAUAAGUACUACAGAGUAUUACCACCUCGGAGUAAUUAUUCAGAAGGUAGCAACUAAAGCUAAGAAUAUUUUAUCCGAAACCACGGGAGGAUUCAUAUUGGCAGCAAACUGCACGGAUCGGUGUUUGACAUUCGUCGAUAUCUCCCCACGAGGGCUGGCUUCAGGCGAGAGAAGAACCUGGAUCAUGUUAGUCAAAAAUGUUGAAGGUCAUUACAUCCAGCCAAUUGGGUUUGAGUUCCUUAUCAACCAUAAGGACCGAGAUCCAAACAAGUGGACAGUUGAGAAGUUGUGGUACAGCAGUAUGUACUUCGACAGCCUGGAGGACUUGAUAGAAAAGUACGACUCAGGAACCGUGGAGAAGGUGACGCUACCGCAUCACGAUGACGACGACCAAUACUCCACUUUCAAUCCACGCGGUUCCACCAACACCCCCACAAACAUCCACGGACCAAAACUGGUAGAACCUCAAGGUCAUCGCUAUCACAUUGACGGCAAUUUUAUCGAAUACGCCGGAUGGUCGUUCGCGUAUAGAGUGAGUUCAACGAUCGGACCUCAGGUGUUUGAUGUCCGAUUUAACGGCGAACGAAUCGCCUAUGAGAUCAGCCUCCAAGAAGCUAUUGCCUUCUACGGCGGUGACACGCCCGCCGCCAUGCAAACAAAGUACAUCGACGCCGGUUGGCUAAUGGGUGCAGAAUCAUUUGAGCUAGCGCCUGGAAUCGACUGCCCGGAAAUCGCUACCUUUGUCGACCUCUACCACUUCUUCGAUACCGAUAAACCGGUACGAUUUAAAAAUGCGCUUUGUAUAUUUGAAAUGAACACGGAGUUGCCUUUGAGAAGACAUUUCGACUCCGACUUCAAGGAAAAGUAUCGUUUCUACGGAGGACUGGAAAGUACGACGCUAGUGGUACGGACAACGUCUACGGUUUAUAACUAUGAUUACAUCUGGGAUUUCAUCUUCUACCUGAACGGGGCGAUGGAGGUCAAGGUCAGCGCUACCGGCUACAUCCACGCCACUUUCUUUACGACAAAAGGACUUCAAUAUGGCAGCAAAGUGUACAACUAUGUGCUGGGGAACCUGCACACACACCUCAUCCAUUAUAAAGUCGACCUGGACAUUGCUGGUCGAGAGAACAGCUUUCAGAGCAUGGAUUUAAAAUUUGUCAACUUCACGAAUCCGUGGAGCCCCAAGGACGUGAUUGUCCAAUCCAAACUCCACUGGACGGAACACAAGACGGAACGAUCCGCCGCCUUCCGUUUUGGCAAAAAGUUCCCCCGCUACGUGCAUUUCUACAACCCAAAUGAGAAAAAUAAAUGGGGGCAUCACCGGGGCUACCGGAUUCAGAUGAACUCACAUGGCGACAGCGUACUACCAAGAGGCUGGCGGGAAGAAAAUGGCAUCACUUGGUCGAGAUAUCCUCUAGCUGUUACUCGUCAUAAAGAUAGUGAGGCCACCAGCAGCAGUAUUUAUAACCAGAAUGACCCCUGGGAACCUGUCGUGUGUUUCGAGGACUUCAUUCGCAAUGAUGAAGACAUCGUAAACCAGGAUCUGGUCGCCUGGGUAACGGUGGGCUUCCUGCAUGUGCCUCAUUCAGAAGACAUCCCCAACACGGCAACGCCUGGCAACGCGGUGGGAUUCUUCAUUCGACCGUUUAACUUCUUUGACGAGGACCCGUCUGUAGCAUCCAAGAGCGCCAUCAUCGUCAGAACGGGUCCGGAUGGAAAUCCCAGAGUCCAACGAUGGACGCCAGAGGUCGUAGGUCACUGUGUGACAGACAAGCCCUUCUUUUACAAUGGCACUCAUGCAGAAGUGUAGUUUAGACUUAGUCUUAUUGUAUGAUUGUUUACAUUAUGGCUAGUUUUGAAUCAACUUGAUAUGAAAAUAUGUGUAAAUGUCUUACACCAAUCACAUAUAGUCGAUUAUUAUUUCUCAGAAAAUGGGAAAUUCAUUCAUUCCAUUCAUCAUAAGUUGAUAAUAAUGUAUACAAACGUUAUAACACAUGUCUUUUGGUCAGGUGUUUACAUUUUACACAUUGUUUGACGGUCCCUGAAUGCACCAUAGUUGCUGUGACUCCCAUUCCAUCUUUCCUAUCGAUUAUCUUACAGUACCUAAGUAUCUACAGUACCCGUUUUGGAGCAGAAUCUAAUCUAGUAAGGACUUUAUUGCAAAUGUUGAUCUGAAAUUGGUGCCAUGUUAGAGGA